AAGAGCGAGAUCUUACUUGGAAAUUUACGAGUGAGCGGGUUUGCUCGCACGUUUAGGAGCCAAGCUUUGAUUUCUUGAGGCGAUCGAUCGUGUGUACCAUAACAAAUAGUCCAGUAGUAAAACUAGCUUACCUUAAAGCGACACCGGAAGUAGACGGCGGAUUUCCAUGACGCGUCGAGGAAUAUUCGCAGACGUUUGAAUCAGGCGAAUAUAAAAUUCCGAGUCGGGCUCGGUUUAUCGACGUUUCCCUCGAAAAAGUUUCCCAAUCGGUCGACCAGGCUGCCGUUGUCUCGUCUUCAUAAACCUUGUUCCAAGGAAUCGCGACAUGGUCUCGAACGAGCAACACCGACAACGCCCAUCGUCGAUCGUUACAUAAACGAAAUAUAAUGUCUUCCGCUUCGGCGACGCACCGUUGAAAGGUCUUCUUGCCGCGGAACCAAUUACGAUUCGCACAGAUGGGUUAAAAACGAUCGCGAUGAACAGCGCGUCCCCGUGCUGCUCGCAAAAUGGCGAUCGUGGUACCUUCCUGGAAACGCAACAAGCGGCGAUCCGUUUCUUAUUGGUAAACCCUCAUCGAUGUUUUUUCACAGACGGGAUAGGGAAUUCGAUCCAGAGCCCGUCACCGUCGAUCUGAUGAUCGAAUAGAGCGAAUAUGCUCUUCCAUCGGGACGCCGAUGACCUUUCUCGCGUCCUGGCAAAGGCAAUAACGAAAAGGCAAAAAGAAUCAAAGAGAGACCGAAACGAAGGAAACGCGCAUUCGUUGUUACCGAUCCGACCGACUCUCGUCAAGUUAGACUCGAUUUUCACCUGAGAAAAUACCUUGGAUAAAAUAAUAGCGUCCGCGACUAUGAGCAAAGCGGAUAUGCUCGAGGAAAAAAACGGAUCGCUAUCAGGGAUCCAUGGAUGUUUGUCGAUUACAGCGUCGAUGCAAUUGGAUUUCCACGGACUGAGAAGAACGAUCGAAAGCUAAUCUAAGAUAAGUGGCAUCGGACACCGUCUGAUGAGACGAUGGUGAUGAAAAUUUCCGCGGUCGAGGCUGGCGUUCCUUUACUAAGCGCCGUUGGUCCGCGCUGCGUCGUUAAACAGGCCACGGUCAAGCGAUGCGUCGCGGCGCUGCUACUCGUUUCCGUCGCCAGCAUAUUCUAUUACACGCACUACAUCAUCAGCAGUCCAUUGGCCAGCCUGAUCCAUCGAGACACUAGACCGGAGCCGGCGAUACGGUGUUCGACGUUGAGAGGAGCGACGAGACUGCCAUCGGCGCCGGAUCAUCGCAGCGAGGCACGGCUGAGAACAGAUCCGAAGGUGUUGGUCUUCGUGGAAACGCUGUACUCUAUGUUGGGGAAAAACAUAGCAGAGCUGCUCGUCUCUAAUCGAAUCAAGUACAAGUUAGAAGUGGCCGGUAAAUCUUUGCCCGUCUUGACGAAUCUCGAUAAAGGUCGCUACGGGGUCCUGAUCUUUGAAAAUCUAAACAAGUACCUGCAGAUGGACAAAUGGAACCGUGAGUUGCUGGACAAAUACUGCAGAGAAUACUCGGUGGGCAUCGUGGGUUUCGCGCCAUCCGGCGAGGAAAGUUUAGUCGGUGCACAGCUAAAAGGUUUUCCUCUGUUCGUGCAUACUAAUCUUAGAUUGAAGGAUGCUCAGCUAAACGCGGCGUCCCCUAUUCUCCGAUUAACCAGAUCCGGGGAAACAGCCUGGGGACCGCUUCCUGGCGGUGACUGGACCAUUUUUCAGGCCAAUCACAGCACCUACGAGCCCCUGGCUUGGGCGCACCGGGACAGUCUCGACUAUCCGGCCAACAAGAGUCCUCUGGCAACCGUCAUACAGGAUCACGGCAGAUACGACGGGAUUCAGAGGAUCUUUUUCGGCGGCGGAUUGCGAUUUUGGCUGCACAAUUUGCUGCUUCUCGACUCCCUCUCAUACCUAUCGCACGGCCAAUUGAGCUUAAGUCUGAAUCGGAUGAUCCUGGUGGACGUUGACGACAUAUUCGUCGGAGAGAAAGGCACCAGGUUGAGAAAGGACGACGUGAUGGCGUUGUUGGCCACUCAGCAGAGAAUUCAAUCGUUGGUGCCGGGUUUUAAAUUUAAUUUGGGGUUUUCCGGGAAAUACUUCCAUCACGGUACAGCCGAGGAGAACUUGGGGGACGACAUGCUUCUGGAGAACGUCGACAGAUUUACGUGGUUUUCUCACAUGUGGAAUCAUCAGCAACCCCAUCUCUAUGAAAAUGUAACGCAUCUGCAGUUAGACAUGGCGUUGAACAAACAAUUCGCAAAAGACCACGGUAUCCCGACCGGAAGCGGUUACAGCGUGAGUCCUCAUCACUCCGGCGUUUAUCCGGUUCACGAAGGACUGUACGAAGCAUGGAAAAGAGUAUGGAGCAUCAAAGUCACCAGCACCGAGGAGUACCCCCAUCUGAGACCGGCUCGUUUAAGACGCGGCUUCAUUCAUCGGAAUAUAAUGGUUUUACCAAGGCAAACCUGUGGCCUUUUCACGCACACGAUCUUUAUCGAUAGAUAUCCAGGUGGAAGGGACAAGUUAGACAAAUCGAUACAAGGCGGCGAGCUAUUCCAAACUAUCGUUCAUAAUCCCAUCAAUAUUUUUAUGACACACAUGUCGAAUUAUGGGAACGAUCGUCUGGCACUGUAUACCUUCGAAUCGGUGAUUAAGUUUAUUCAAUGUUGGACGAACUUGAGACUGUCCAGCGCCCCACCUCUUCAGCUUGCCGAGCGUUAUUUUCAACUCUACCCGGAGGAAUCUGAUCCUGUGUGGGGCAAUCCUUGCGAUGACCAGAGACACCAAAAGAUCUGGUCGAGGAAUAAAACUUGCGACCAAUUGCCAAGGUUCCUGGUAAUUGGUCCUCAAAAAACUGGUACCACAGCCCUGUACACGUUCCUGUCCAUUCAUCCAGCGAUCAGUAGUAAUUUGCCGAGUCCCGACACGUUCGAAGAAAUCCAGUUCUUCAAUGGAAAAAAUUAUUACAAAGGCCUCGACUGGUAUAUGAGCUUCUUCCCAGCUUCGAAAAACGAGAGUUCACGGUAUCUUUUCGAAAAAUCAGCCACAUACUUUGACGGAGAACUGGUACCGCGCAGAGCUCACGCGCUUCUUCCAAGAGCAAAAUUGAUUACCAUAUUGCUUUCGCCAGCUAGGCGAGCUUACUCUUGGUAUCAGCACACGAGAAUCCACGGAGACCCGAUAGCAAACAAUUAUUCCUUUCACUCUGUUAUCACAGCGAGCGACACCGCUCCAAAACCUCUACGCGAUCUCAGGAAUAGAUGUUUAAACCCCGGAAAAUACGCUCAACAUUUGGAGAGAUGGCUCUCGUACUACCCACCCCAACAGUUACACAUCAUAGACGGCGAGCAACUUCGUCAAAAUCCUGUAGAGACGUUACACGAAUUACAAAGGUUCCUCAAGAUCGCGCCUGCGUUCAAUUAUUCCUCUCAUUUAAGGUACGAUCCAAAGAAGGGUUUCUUCUGUCAAGUAACCAACGAAGAUCGCACGAAAUGCCUCGGCAAAAGCAAAGGACGUCAGUAUGCGCCGAUGGAGGACAAAUCGUACAAAUUGUUGCAGAGAUAUUAUCUCUCUCAUAAUACGGCCCUAGUGAAAUUGUUGAAACGACUAGGAUUGAGAACUAUUCCGCAAUGGUUGAAAGAAGAUCUCACCGACACGGUGAUGACCUAGCAAACGUCGAUUACGUGAAACGACACCGUUUUAGGACUUCUUAUUACGACGGUAAACGAGAUUCAUCGUUUAUUAGCGGAAGACCUGUAAAUUAAUUGUACAUUAAACGCUCCAUUGGUCUUCGAAUCUUCGACAUAAGGACCGUACCAAGGCCUACGUCCCAGCGAAUUGGCCUAAAUCGCUGGAGGAGCCUGAAAAGCUACUAGUCACUAUAAGCGGUUCUACGGUAACACAGCCGUGACAGUCGAUCGUUGUUAAACCAAUAGCACUAUUAUUAACGUUAUAUUAUUAUUGUCAUCGUUGUUGCCUCGUAGAGGACAUGAUUAGUAGAAGUAAAACCAACGCGCCCGUGCCAUCAUCCGUCUGUUGCGAUUGGACGCCGCAUCUCGUUUUGAUCUUUACUAUCGAGUAAAACAGAAGAAAAAAAAAAGGAAGAUACAGGAUCCUUAAUUUGCGUCCGAGUUGAAUCUAUGAUCGAUCUUCCUACAGCGUUCGUUCGAUGAACGGUAUCGUACGAAUUUAAAGAGACACGUGAUUCUUUUCAAACUUUGAUAGUAAAGAUAAAGAAGGAUAAUGGAUGCUUGAUCGAUGAAUAAAAUUAAAGGCGACCAAACGUGUAUUUUAGGACAUGGCGAUGCUUUACCUCCAUGAGACAAGAUCUGUCCAAAUCGUGUUACAAUGUUUGAAGAGAUUUAUUUCCUCAUAAAAGUGAUGAGUGGGACAGAUCGAACGUUGAUGUUUGGAUCGACGAUCCACCAGUCCUUUGCUUCUGCUAAUAACCGCAGAAUCGUUUCUGCGAAUGUAGAACUCUGGGACUUUGAGCUUUUCUCCCGCCCGCCCACUUAUCUCCUGGAGACGCAAUGUAAAUUAGUUCUCGUUGUGUAAGCAUAUUUAAGAAACGAUAAUGAUGAUUCUAUGUAUAUUUUGACAAUACUAUUCUUGGUACUGACGAUGGAAAGGUUGAUGAAAGGUGUGUGAUCGCGUCCGUUUGUACAUUUAUGUAUCGUACUAUUUUGAUGUGAUCGUAGAUGUACCAUAAUAACUUAAUGCGAUACAAUUAAAAAAGAAACAAAAAUACGGAGGGAAUGGUCGCACCUGACGGAUCAUUCUUCGUAAACGCUGAUGUUUCAAGCGAGGAGGUGAUAACUGCCUAUCUGCAAUAAUCUCUAUUGUCACAUUUGAAGCACGUAGAUCCUGGUUUAACGAUCAAUUUUACGUUCCAAGGUAUGAGAAAUUCGUCGUCGAAGAAACUAACGAACGGUUUUUGGAAAUUGUAAUACUUGAUGUAUUAUAUCUAGCAAACCGUGUAUAGGAUGUAAAACGUGAACCUAUAUUUGCAAAUAAUAUUAUUAUUUACGAGAUGGUUUAAUUAACGUGCGAUCGUUUGUUGAAUGCAUAUCGGUUACAGCUAGGUUUGUUAGUUAUGUAUACGAUAUAUUAGCUACUUAUUUUUUCCAUAAAUCGAUCUCGGUUCGUACACUUGUCAAUUCUAUAAAAUUAUUUUUGGUGUCCUACUUGUUAGUAUUAUUUUUUUAAUGUUUUUUUUUUCUUUUUGAUUAUUUACAGAACGCGAUUGGCACGCUUUGAAAAUUUGUUUCUACUUAUCAUUUCCUCGUUAUAAGAAUAUCGUUACUUAAGUAAGAAAGUUACACAAUUGAAAAUAAAAGACUCGAAAAAUAACAUAUUUUACGAAAACCACAGACUGGACAAAAAUUAACAAUUAAGAAAUUAUGACGUAAUUUCCUAAGCGUAUAAAAAGCUCGUUAUUUCAUUGAUGAUGAACCGUUUUACAUUUAAAUAGUAUCUUAACAACGUUUCGUUGACCCUUAUAUAUUUUAUUUUCAUUUUUAUACUGCCGUUAAACUGUGCCACGUGACGUUUAACAAAUCAUGUACAAAGUUCAUUGUUAAUAUAAUAAUAAUUAACGGUAACGAUAUUAUCGCACCAAGCGAUUGAUAUGUUUCGUCGAAUCGUGCCAUUUUACCAGUGUUGUAUAUACAGUUGUAUUAUUGUACCAUCACGACUUGGAAUCUCUAUAGUCAAUACUAUCAAUUUUGUUCGGUAUGGCGGUAGCAAUAUUUGUCCGAUUUGCUGCCAGCUGACAAUAAUACUUGACAAACCAGAACAAGGUUUAAAAUCCUUGCUAGCAAUUAGCCAUUAGAUCAUCGUUGGUUUACCUACGAGUACUACAUCUUUUAUUAAAAUUUAAAUUUUUGGAAAGAAACCAAAUUUAAAUUUAUAGUAAAAUUUAAACAAUAUGAAAAGUACUAUCCGUUUUAUUUCAUUCCAGCGAUAUCCAUUAAAAUGAUAAAUUUCAGAUGGAAAUAACUCGAUAGGCGUUGUGCAAUUAGACCGUACAACUACUUUAUGGUUGACUGUACGACUUGGUUCUACCAUUUAAAUUUGUUACACAUUUGGAAGAGAUAAACGUCGAUAAAUUAUUAUUGGUAAUUUGCCCGUAUCUUUGCAUUUCCGGUUAUAACGACAAGCACACUAAAAAUAACAAACUUUUCGUAGAUAAAUCUCUAACAGACUGUUUUGCGAACAAAAAGAAAAAAAGAAACUAAGAUUGUACGAAUAAACGGAAACAUGGGUAGAAUAUGUGUACGACACUUUCAUAGAACUUUCGAUUAUUUAUCUUAAAAUUGUUCUAUUGUAAAAUACUGUAAUAAUUGUACGGGUAGUCUGUAAGUUCUAAUAAAAGAAAUGUUUAAAGUCUUAGUUUUAA